AUGGCUCGGCUAAUAAUUCCAUUUGAAGUUGCAGCAAUUGAACUUAUCAAGCACAAAAAAGUACAAGGGAUUGUAGCAGCAUUGACAUUGGAAGAAGCGAGUCUUGUUACAGAAUAUGAAGAAGUGGCCAACACCCCCAUAAUCACAAUUGGCUCAGCAGCCAUUUCUCCAUCACCACAACUUCCUGAAGCACACUCCGUUUUCCUGCUGAAUAGUGAUAUCGGCAUUCAAAUGCAAUUCACUGCUGCAAUAUUUGGACAUUUUAGAUGGCAAAAAGUCACGGUCAUAUGUGAACAAAGCAAUAGCUUCUAUGCCGAUUCCAGACUCAGAAAACAACUUUCUAAGUCACUGAAACUGCAUAAUUCUGUUGUUGAAUGCAAUCUCGCAUUUCCUUCCUUAUCUUCUCUCCCAGAACCUGAAGGAAAGCUGAAUAAUCUCAGAAGCAAAAGCAGUGGCAUUUUUGUACUUGUACAGUCUUCAUUGGAGUUUGCUACAAUUCUUUUUGAGAAGGCCAAAAAAAUGGGAAUCAUGGAAAAAGGUUAUGUUUGGAUUGCGAAGGAUGAUAUUGUUAGCCUAAUUGAAUCUGUGGAGGCGUCUUUCAUCCAAAACAUGAAAGGGGUCAUUGGAUUUAAGAUGAAUUAUCAGGAAAAAAGCAAGCCUUAUCGGGGCUUCAGUUUCAAGUUUCGAAGAAAGUUCAGAUCAGCAUAUCCUGAAGAAGAACAUCCAUAUCCAAGCAUGUAUGCUCUUCAGGCAUAUGAUGCUACAUGGGCCAUUGUAAAAGCCAUGGAACAUUCUAAAGGGAAAAUGAACUCAAGUGAACUGAUAAAUCAUCUCUUUUCAAUUGAUUUCGAAGGUCUUAGUGGAAAAAUCGGUUUCAAGAAUGGAAAAUUAAUGCAAAAAAGUACCUUUCGGAUAAUUAGUGUGAAUGGGAAAAUUUACAUAGGAGUGCAAACAGCUCCCAAGGAAAGGAAACUGAAAAUUGGAGUUCCUGUACUGGCUGCUGUCAAAGAGUUUGUCAGCGUCAGGCAUGAUCAAGAAGAGAUGACAACGUCCUUCAGCGGAUUUUCCAUUGAAGUUUUUGAAGCCGCAGUUAAGUUGCUUCGAUAUCAUUUUCCUUAUGAUUUUGUUCCAUUUAAUGGCACUUACGAUGAGAUGUUGAUUGCAGUUUAUAAUAAGAGUUUGGAUGCGGCAGUUGCAGACAUGAAUAUAUUGGACGAUAGAUAUGAUUAUGCUGAUUUUUCACAGCCUUAUAUGGACUCUCAAAUUGUUAUGGUGGUACCUGCUAAAAAUGAUUUGGAAUGGCAAAGAUUCAUUGCUGUGACGGCCUUCGAAUGGAAAUUGUGGGUGGUUAUGGCAGCAUCAAGCUUAAUCACUGGAGCCAUUAUCUAUUUAAAUGAGUAUGUGAACGACAAUCCAGAGUUUGGAAAUUCAUUUCCUCAGAUAAUUGGUUCUAUGAUUUGGUUUUCUGUCACUCUUCUCUCAUUUGCACAAAGGGAAUCUAUCAAAAAUAAUCUGUCACGAUUGGUUCUUGCAGCAUGGUUAUUUGUGAUUUUGAUUGUGACAGCAUCUUAUACUGCCGUUCUAAGUUCUAUGAUGACAGUGCCGAGGCUCCAACCAUCAAUAGUAGAUGUUCAUUAUCUUCAAAAAACUAAUGCAAUUGUUGGAUGCAAUGGGGUGGGUUUCAUCCCAAGAUAUUUGACGCAUACUUUGAAAUUCAAGGAAGAGAACAUCAAGAAAAUUCGUUCUAUCAGUGACUACAAGGAAGAUUUCGAACAGGGGAAGAUUGCGGCUGCCUUCUUUGUCAGUCCACAUGCCAAACUUUUCCUUGCAAAUAAUAGCGAACGCUUCGUCAUUGCAAAAAUGAGCCUUGCACUUGGUGGUUUUGCUUAUAACUCUCAAAUUGUUAUGGUAGUACCCACAAAAAAGGAUUUGAAACGGCAAAGAUUCAUUGUUGUGGAGGCCUUUGAAUGGAAACUGUGGGUGGUGCUGGCAGCAUUAAGCCAAUGGACGGCAGCCAUUAUUUAUUUCAAUGAGCGGGUGAAUGGCAAUCAAGAGUCUGCAGAUUCAAUUCCUGAGAUGAUUGGCUCCAAGCUUUGGCUUUUUGUCACUCGUCUAUCAUUUGCACAAAGAGAAUCUAUCAAAAAUAAUCUGUCACGACUGGUGCUUGUAGUAUGGCUUUGUGUCAUAGUGGUUAUAACAGCAUCUAAUCCUGCAGUUCUGAGUUCUAUGAUGACACUUCCAAAGUCGAAACCAUCUAUAGUAGAUAUUGACUAUCUUAAGAACACUAAUGCAACUGUUGGAUGCAACGGAAAGAGUUUCAUCGUGAAGUAUCUGGUAUUUCCAAAGGUUCCACUGGGUAGCGAAAGAAUAAUCAGAGCUUCUAGUGGCAAAAACCAGCAGAAGAAACCAGCUCGCAAACCAGAGAAGGAACCAGCUGGUGGUAGUUCAAUUUCAGUUAAAGAUGUUAAUUUGUUAGACAGUUAA